AUGGGAAAGCUUGUCUCUGGAUAUCAGAGCGAGGUUUCGAUCCUCGGACCUGUGGGUUAUGGGCCCACCACGCUUCCGCUGCGCCACUCUGAUCGGAUGCUACAUAAUAUUUAG